AUGGAUCCCUCUGCGCUAGCUGCUGCUGCCUUGCAGGCAAGGAACAGGAUUGUAAAGAAUCAAGGAGACGAAGUGAUCACAACGAGUGACAAGUCAGGAGGCCCGAGAACUUCCUUUCAAAAGGCACCAAGUAUCAACUUUAGUGUGCCCAAAACUGCCAAGCCGGAGAAGCCAGCCGAUUGGAAAAAGCCAGAUAAAAAAUAUGGAGGUAAUGUCCCUGCGAUGACAGAAGGUCCUGGUGGUUCUGGAGGUCCUGCUCCAGUCAGGCCUGAUCUUUCCAUGAUUUGCGAGUCCGUCGUUUCCAAAGUCAAAUCUCGCAAAGAACGAAUCACUACUCCCGGCUACCACAUGAAGGUACGCGACUCUUGUCCAUUACCCUGUUGUCAGUACUUGCACCAGCAAAAUGAGGAACCACAGCAAACCGUGAUUAUAAAGAAAGUUAUUCGAAGGAGGCGCCCCAAACAGCAAGCACCUCCUCAGGAGCAAGCUCCAGGACAAGUGCCUUCUUUGGUGCAGUCCCCACCUCCAUUGCUUAGUAGCCCGCCUGCACUGGCCGGUGGCCCUUCUUCCCAAGUUGAGCAGCAGGCGGCGGAGGUACAACGACGCCAGCAGGCCGAAGCCGCAAGACGACAACAGAUUGAAGCCGAACGACGACGUCAGGCAGAAUUGCAACGACAACAGAUUGAAGCCGAGCGAAAGCGCCAAGAAGAAUUACAAAGACAACAACAAGCAGCAGCCGAAGCAGAACGGCAACGCCAAGCAGCUGCCGCCGCCGAAGCAGAGCGUCAAGCUGCUGCCGCAGCCGCCCCAACCCAAAAGGUGGCCACCUUUCAGAAUCUGGGAACCGAUCCCGCCAUGGCACAGGCCGAACUGUACUACGAAUCGACGCGUUGGGGUCCCUUGGGCCACGGCAGUGCUCCCGUCACGGUAGGGACUUUUCCCGGUCAUCGUUGGUUCAUUGUAGCCAAUGGAUGCUAUGCCAAGCUAUUCACAGUCGGGGAAGAAGCUCAACAAACUUUUACAUUCUAG